AUGUGUUUGUGUUGAGAUUGUGUUAGUUAGUUAGCUAAAGUACUGUUAGUUUCCUAUACAAGUGUCAAGAAGCGUUUAUUGUCAUUUCAAGAAGUGAAUAUGUAGCUGACGCAGUACACAGUGACAUGAAACCACGUUUCUCCAGGACCCUGGUGCUACAAGUAGGUUGUCCUAGCCACGAAAAGUGCAUGGUGUGAAACCUAGUGCAAAUAGUGCAUGACAAAACAGGACAUAAAAUAUAACAAAGCGCCGACCAGUAUACAGUCUGUAUUGACCAUUGUGCAUACAGUAGCAGCAGUUGGUGGCAGCAUGUAAACAGUGUUUAUGUGAAUGGUGUUGUAAACAUAGUGUGUCAAUAUACAUGUACCAAACCAUCUACCAAAACAUUCCUCAGGAUGUUUGGUAUCAAAUGAUUUAAUAUUUCAUCAUGAGCAAUAUGGUGAAAUAUCAUGUAAGUUUAUGAAAUAAUAUUUGCAGUAUAUGCUUUUAAAUAUUGCAGUGUGUGUGUGUGUGUCCUCUCUCUCACACACACCCCCACACAUACUGGAGCCACUUUGUCUACACCGGCAACAUUUUGCCAUUGUUUCACAAAAUCAUUCCCAGAGACUGAAUUAGCAUGUAACACCUUGGGGAGAAUUCACCAGGUUGGGGGUCCAUCCUCCCAUACAAUCCAUCGUGUCUGUCCCAUUUGAUACUCUGGCCAUUAUGCACUACAAAGAAGUGCAUAGGCUAUAAGUAGGGUAUGAGAGUUAGACUAGAGGAGAUCUUGGUGAAGAGACUGUGCUAUCUAGUCUCAAGGAAGGCUCUUAGAUCUGAUCUUGUUCUCACUCCAAGGCUGUUAAAAAUUGAUUUGAUAUUAUAUAUAUAUUGGGUCAGCUCAUUUCACUGUGCUGAUGGACUUCAUCAUGGUGGUCAGUCAGGUCCACAUAAGGAGAAGGCUGCUGUUAGCCAGCUUUCUCCUUCUCUCUGUCUAUGGACAAACUUCAGGACCAUAUUUUAUGGUGACCUUUCCUGCAGUAAUAGAGUCUGGCUUUCGUGCAGUAUUCUGUGCGAGUCUUCUGAAGCCUAAUGAGACUUUGCAAAUGAGCGUUUAUCUGGUUCAUGGCAACCAGAGUAGAACUCUUUUUCAAGAGACAGUGGAAAAGGACCUUCACCACUGCUUUGAUUUUGAGGCUCCACAGGUAGAGGGUGAAUCAGUGCAGGAGAUUAAAGUAGAAAUCAAAGGGGAAAGUUUUAAGAUGACAGAGAUAAGGAAAGUGAUGUUUAAAUCCUUUGUCACAUUGACUUUUAUCCAGACUGAUAAACCCAUCUACAAUCCAGGCCAAACAGUGAAUUUCAGAAUUGUCUCUACGGAUUCUCAUUUAGUCCCACUUAAACAAAAGUACAGCACAGUGUUUCUUCAGGAUAGUAAUCAUAACAGAAUUGGUCAGUGGACAAAUGUGUCCUCGCCAGGUCUGAUACUGCAGCUUUCUCAUGAGCUAAAUCCUGAAGCUCCACAGGGAGAAUAUCAGUUAACUGCUGAGAUUGGAGACAGGUUGAUCCCACACCAAUUUAAAGUGAAAAAGUAUAUUUUACCCAAGUUUGAGGUUACAUUAAAAGCACCUGAAAAACACAGCAUUGGUGAGGAGGAAGUGAAGCUAGAAGUUUGUGGAAAGUACACUUAUGGACAACCAGUGCCUGGUCAAGCAGUGGUUCAGGUGUGCCGGCGAUUUAGGCAGCAUUUUUAUGAGCCACAUAUGAUUUCACCCUGUCUGAGUGAGACUGUGGAGAUGGGUCAAAAUGGCUGUGCAUUUCUUGUCAUCAAUAUAUCAACCUUCAUGAAUACUGAAUUUGAAAAUAAAUUGGAUGAUCAACUUCAACUUACUACUACACUCACAGAGGAUGGAACAGGUAUUUCCAUGAUGAAAUCUGAUGGGAUAAGACUUUCUUUCCAAAUUGGUAAAGUGGAAAUCCUUGAUUCACCAAAAAACUUUGAACGGGAAAAAUCUAUAGAAGGAAGAAUUAAAGUUACUACCUUCAGUGGAACACCAAUUCCUAACAAGAAGGUGUAUCUAUCAGAAGGUGAAUGGUGGUCUCAAACGUUACUACUCAAUCUUACCACAGACAGUAAUGGCUUGGCAAACUUCUCAGUCCCUUCACCUGAACAUCCUAAAACAGAAAUAAUAUUGAGGGCAAGUGUCAAUCCGGAGGAAAAAUACCACCAAUACAAAACACCAUUCUUUUCAACUGCAGAAAAACGUAUACAGCUGCUCCAACCUGCUACAUCUUACAGUCCCGUGUUCAGUGAACUUUCAAUAGAGAGCUCAGAGGAACCGUUUAAAUGUGAUGCUGAAAUUACCAUUACCAUUAACUACUAUAUUGUUGGGGAAACUACUGAAAGUCACAGUAUUGAUCUUAUGUACAUUGUCUUAUCUAAAGGAGCCAUUGUCCAUCAUGGACAUGAGACAGUUGAAGUGGAAGAGUCUACAGAUGUCAGAAAAGGAAAAGUCUCAUUUAAACUAUCUGUUCAGGCUGAGCUGGCUCCCGUAGUGCAGGUUGUGGUGUACUCUGUCCUGCCCAGUGAGAACAUCAUCGUUGCUAGCAAGAAUUUUGAUGUUGAAAAAUGUUUCAGAAAUAAGGUUUCGCUACAGUUUUCUCCCUCCAAGUCAGUUCCAGGUGAGAAGAACAAUCUCGAGGUCUCAGCUCAUCCUGGAUCACUGUGUGGCCUCAGUGCUGUGGAUCAGAGUGUGUUCAUCCUGGAAUCUGUAAACCACCUUAACGCUGAAAAGAUAUUUAAUUUGUUACCAUUGGCAUCGGUAUCAAGUUAUCCCUAUACAGUUGAAGAUCAGCAAGAGUGCUUGCAUGUUAGACCCCAGAGGGAUGUACGGGUUGACCAUGUUUACAGUACAUUAAAGGGAGUGGGGCUGAAGAUGGCAACAAAUUUGGUUGUUAGACACCCUCGUUGUUUGGUGUACAAAGGCGUGCAUUAUCAUCGUGAACCUCUAUUUGUUGCAUACAGGACAAAUUUGGGUCUUCCAAUUGCAUUAGCAGAGUUUUCUAAAAUACAGGAACCCAUCGAGACAGUUCGUAAAUUCUUUCCAGAAACUUGGAUAUGGCAACUUCUUGAAGUUGGAGACUCUGGAUCAGUACAGCUUCCUGUCACUGUUCCUGACACCAUCACCACUUGGGAGACAGAGGCAUUCUGCGUAUCCUCUAAGGGUCUGGGUCUGGCCCCUCCUGUUCAGCUCACUGUGUUUCAGCCCUUCUUCCUGGAGCUCUCGUUGCCCUACUCCAUUAUCCGGGGAGAGGUUUUUGAGCUGAAGGCCACUGUCUUCAAUUAUCUUUCCAAAUGCAUUAUGGUUAAAGUGACCCCAGCCCCUUCCUCGGAUUACACUCUGGAACCAUCUUCUGAGGGCGAGUAUUCAUCCUGCCUUUGUGCAAAUGGAAGAAAGACCUUCAAGUGGACUCUAAUCCCCUCUGUGCUUGGAGUCGUGAAUGUGACCGUGAGUGCAGAGGCAGAACAAUCCCAGACUGUGUGUGAUAAUGAGAUUGUGAGUGUUCCAGAGAGAGGCCGUAUUGACACAGUUACACGAAGCCUCAUUGUACAGGCUGAAGGAAGUGAAAAGACAAAGAGCCAAAGCUGGUUGUUAUGCCCGCAAGGCAACAGUGUUUCAGAGGAAUUGGAGCUGACUCUUCCUGAGGAUGUAAUAGAGGGAUCAGCACGAGCUUCUGUUUCAGUGCUUGGAGACAUACUUGGCCGUGCAUUAAAAAAUCUGGAUGGACUGCUAAAGAUGCCAUAUGGCUGUGGAGAACAAAACAUCGCUAUCCUUGCCCCCAAUAUCUACAUUCUUCAGUAUCUAGAGAACACUGAGCAACUCACCUCAGAUAUCCGUGAGAGGGCUACUGGUUUUCUAAAGAGUGGAUACCAGAGGCAGCUAAACUAUAAGCAUAUUAGUGGUGGAUAUAGCACAUUUGGCAGGGGAGAGGAGAACACAUGGUUAACUGCUUUUGUAUUGAGGACUUUUGGCAAAGCACAACAUUUCAUUUUUAUUGAUCCAGACAUCAUUAACAGUGCAAAGCAAUGGCUCAUAAAUAUGCAGAGAUCAGGUGGCUGUUUCAUACAACAGGGAAAUCUGUUCAAUAAUAGAAUGAAGGGUGGUGUAAAUGAUGAAGUGACCAUUACUGCCUACAUCACUGCAGCAUUCCUUGAAUUGGGCAUUACAGAUCCUGUUGUGAAUAAAGGGCUGUUGUGCCUAAAAUCUUCUGUUGGUAACCUGACAAACACCUACACCACUGCACUCUUGGCCUACACUUUCAGUCUGGCUGGAGAGAAGGAAAUUCGAGAGCAGCUACUAAAAGGGUUGGAUAAUGUUGCUAUUGUUGGAGUUGGUCAUCUUCACUGGUCUCAGUCAGCAUUAGAGGAGUCCGGCUCAUUGUCAGUGGAAAUCAGCUCCUAUGUGCUGCUCGCUGUUCUCACUACAGGCCAACUCACUGCUGCUGAUUUGGGCUAUGCUAAUAGGAUAGUCAGCUGGCUGGUGAAGCAGCAAAAUCCCUACGGAGGCUUUUCUUCCACCCAGGACACAGUGGUGGCUCUCCAAGCUCUAGCUCUGUAUUCCACUAAAGUAUUCAGCUCAGAAGGCUCUAGCACAGUAACUGUAAAGUCAGCAGAUGGAGACGGUCACAACUUUGAUGUGAACCAGAACAACAAGUUACUGUACCAAGAAAGAUCAUUGCAGGAUGUUCCUGGCAAAUUCAGCAUUGAUGUGAAGGGCUCCACCUGCGUGUCAGUGCAGACAGCACUUUUCUACAAUGUCCCCACACCUACUGAAAUCAGUACACUGAACAUUUUAGCGAAGACUGAGGGAAACUGCACAAAAUCAUUUGGUCACACUUUGAAAAUUGAGUUCUCUGUCCUAUAUAAUGGGGAACUAAACAGCACUAACAUGAUCAUAGUGGAUAUAAAACUCUUAUCAGGGUUCACAGCAGAUCCUGGUGAACUACAAACCCAAUUUAUGGUUAACAGAGUUGAUUCCAAGGAUGACCAUAUUAUCAUGUAUAUAGAAGAGCUAAAAAGGGAUAAUCCUAUCAGCUAUUAUCUACACAUUAAACAAAUGCUGCCUGUCAAGAAUCUCAAGCCAGCUGUGAUCAAAGUUUAUGAUUACUACCAAACAAAUGACCAGUCUGAGACGAAGUACACCUCCCCCUGUGUCUAAGCUUCCAAAUCUGCAUUAAAGAUUCAGAAAAUCUCUGGAUAUCUUCUGUGUGUCGUGUUUUGCCUUUAAAAACAAAAUGAAAUUUCCAAUGCAAUAUAUAUAUAUAUAUAUAUAUAUAUAUAUAUAUAUAUAUAUAUAUAUAUAUAUAUGUAUACUGAUUAGCUGUAACAUUUUGACCAUCUGCUUAAUAUUGUGUUGGUCCCCCUUUUGCUCAUGUGCCCAUUGUUGCCGCUUUCAGCAGUGCACGGGGUCAUUAUGGGCACCCUGACUGGUCUGCAGCUAUGCAGUCGCAUACGCUGUGAUGCACUGUUUGUAACUGUAUUCUGACACCUUUCUCUCAGAACCAGCAUUAACUUCUUCAGCAAUUCUUAUAUAUGUUGUAUAUGAUUGAUCCAAACACAUGGAAUAUAAUGAUGUACUCAUGCUUUAUGCAUAACUGUAGCAAUUUGCCCUCACAGUGUAAGCAGUCACAAUAGGAACUAACCAUUUUAUUGUAACUAAAAUACAAGCUCUUAUUGAGUCAGUCAUUUAGUUCAAUCCAUGAACAGCUGUUUGUUUGCAUGUGGUCCACUUUGUCAGUAAAGCUGAAUUUUCCUGCAUCCAAACAAAUGUAUACAGUGCCUUGCUUUGAUUCAUCUCCCCUGAAACUUUGUCUUCUGAAUAAAAUAAAUUUUCUCUUGAAGUCUUGCCAA